AUGGGGCCACCGCCCGGCAGGGCCGGGUCCUACCGCGGUAGCUGCGGCUUUUCCCGGUUGCUGGCGUGGUGCUUUCUGCUGGCCCUGAGUCCGCAAGCUCCCGGCUCCCGGGGAGCCGAAGCUGUGUGGACCGCGUACCUCAACGUGUCCUGGCGGGUUCCGCACACCGGAGUGAACCGCACCGUGUGGGAGCUGAGCGAGGAGGGCGUGUAUGGCCAGGAUUCGCCGCUCGAGCCAGUGGCUGGGGUCCUGGUACCGCCCGACGGGCCAGGGGCUCUCAAUGCCUGUAACCCGCACACGAAUUUCACGGUGCCCACGGUCCCGGGGGACUGGGGACGCAACGUUCAUGUCUCUUGGUUGGCCCUCAUCCAGCGCGGAGGGGGCUGCACCUUCGCAGACAAGAUCCAUCUGGCUCAAGAGAGAGGGGCGUCUGGAGCCGUCAUCUUUAACUUCCCAGGGACUCGCAAUGAGGUCAUCCCCAUGUCUCACCCGGGUGCAGGAGACAUUGUUGCCAUCAUGAUUGGCAAUCUGAAAGGCACAAAAAUUCUACAAUCAAUUCAAAGAGGCAUACAAGUAACAAUGGUCAUCGAAGUAGGGAAAAAACAUGGCCCUUGGGUGAAUCACUAUUCAAUUUUCCUUGUUUCUGUGUCCUUUUUUAUUAUUACGGCAGCAACUGUGGGCUAUUUUAUCUUUUAUUCUGCUAGAAGAUUACGGAAUGCAAGAGCUCAAAACAGAAAGCAGAGACAAUUAAAGGCAGAUGCUAAAAAAGCUAUUGGAAGGCUUCAACUACGCACACUGAAACAAGGGGACAAGGAAAUUGGUCCUGAUGGAGAUAGUUGUGCUGUGUGUAUUGAACUGUAUAAACCAAAUGAUUUAGUGCGCAUCUUAACCUGCAACCAUAUUUUCCAUAAGACAUGUGUUGAUCCAUGGCUGUUAGAACAUAGGACUUGCCCCAUGUGCAAAUGUGAUAUACUCAAAGCUUUGGGAAUUGAGGUGGAUAUUGAAGAUGGAUCAGUGUCUUUACAAGUCCCUGUAUCCAAUGAAACUUCUAAUAGUGCCUCUCCUCAUGAAGAAGAUAAUCGCAGUGAGACUGCAUCAUCUGGAUAUGCUUCAGUUCAGGGAGCAGAUGAACCACCUUUGGAGGAACAUGUGCAGUCAGCAAGUAAGCACCAUGCUGAGGAUCAAGUGCCCCACAAAUGAUACCUUGUGGUUCUUA